AGGGGAUGAGAGGAAGAAGAAACGAUUAGUCCUUCCUACGAUAGCUCCAAAGACGAUCGAUUCAAAGUGAUAGCUAGUCAAAUAAUAAAUAAUUAAGAAGAAGAAGGAGAUAUAUCAAUAGUCAUAGAAAUUCAAAUGUAUUUCCGUGAGGGAAUUGGAACAUUUUAAAAAAUAUUCCUUCGAGGAGAGAGAUAUAUCGUGUGGUUUUCGUCGUGUUGUUCGCUGACGAUAGCGUUAAACAAACUCCGACGACCUUCCGCGCACGUAGAACUUCGCCGGUAUCUGCAAGGCGAGCCGAUAACGCUUUUGUAAUAAUAAUAUAAAGCCAUUGGACUUGUUCGAAAACGAGCAUCAACGUUCGCUCGUCGUUGUUAUUCGUCGAAUCGAUCUUUGUAUACUCUUUCUUUCUCUCUCUCUCUCUCUCUCUCUCUCUAUUUCUUUUUCUUUCUCUCUCUCUCUCUCUCUCUUUAUUUUUUAUUUUGCCUUUUUUUCUUUUUCUUUUCUCUCUUCAUCGAUUCAUCGAUACACGAAGUGAAAAAGGAACUGAGAAAUUCCGAAAGAACAUUCGAAAGGUAUUACACUCGUACAGUGAAAAAAGUGUAGAAUUAGUGUAAAUUUUGGAUGCGCUCGCUGGAAGAGCGACCCAAGUCGAAUUUUGUCGUUGAUUAUUGAAAGUUUGUCGGACGUAUUAAGAAAAAAAGAAGAAGAAGAACAAGGAAAGAAAGAAAGAAAGAAAAUCUAGUGAACCACCGGUGGACUGUGCAUUUCGAACGAAAAGAGAGGGAAAGGGAGACAGAAGUGCGUCGAACCGAGAAAAAUUUAAAUAAAGUGAUCGAGCAAGAAUAGAAAGCGCGUGAUCGAAAAAAGGGUAUGGUGGGCCCGGCACAACCAGGGCCUUGGGCCCGGGUGGCCCGCCUCUGAAAGAAGAAUCUUAUAUCCGACCCGUCAAUUUGCUCCAUUACGCUGCCUGGAAUGAUGCAGCAGAAAUUCUUAAAGAGAACGGCCGAGGAGUUGGAGGCAACCGGGGCUGGUGGAGGCGACGGAGGAUUCGGCGAGCCACCGGUGAAGCUACAAUGCACGCAAGCCCAGCAUCAGCAUCAAGCGCAGCUUACGAGCGGAGGUGGAGGAGGGGGAGGCGGAGCCGGAGGCGGUGGGCCUCACCACGGUCACGGGCAGCAUCAGCCCGGAAACGGGGCGAACUCGACGGGUCCGAACGGACCAGGUAGCGGAGCUGGUGGAGGUGGAGGUGGCGGCGGAAGCGGUGGAGGUGGUGGUGGCGGUGGUGGAGGUGGAAACGAAGGUCUGACCAAGUUCUCCGUCGAGAUCGUUCAGCAACUGGAGUUCACGACCUCGGCCGCGAACUCUCAGGCACAGCAGAUAUCGACGAACGUGACGGUAAAGGCAUUGACGAACGCUUCCGUGAAGAGCGACUUAUUGAACGCCUCGUCUUCGCCUAAGCCGGACCCGAACGGCGGCGGCGGCGGAAGUGGAAGCGGUGGCGGUGGUGGAGGUGGUGGAAAUGUUAGGACACAGCCGGGAAACGGAACCGGUGGAGCUGGUGGUCCAGGCGGGCCUGGUGGUGCUGGCGCCGCAGGUGCCACGGAUGGAAUCGGUUGCGUCGACAUCGCUAAUCUCGUCGAGUGCAAGCAAGAACCCGAUAACGAAUUCGUCGAUCUUGAACAGUGCGCCGCCGCCUUGGAGAAGGACGCGGCAGUGAACGGAGCCGGAUUCCCUGGCUUUUCCGAUUUCAUGGGUGACGAUACCGGCGACGAAAUCAUUACGUCGGACGCUUUCAAAGAUCUCAUCUCGGAAAUCUCGGACUUCCAUCCGGAAUUCAUGAAAGACUUUGACUUUGAGGACAAGAGCGUAGACGCGUUGGCGAACAACGCGGCGGCCGCUGUCGCGAAUGCUGCCGCCGCAGCUACCGCAGCGGCCGUAGCUGCUGUAGCUAACGGGAAUAAUCCUAAUAACAAUGGGAUGCCUCCGAACAACGGACAGAUCAAGAUCGAAGACGACAAAGAUACUAUUCAUCAUCAACAGCAACAGCAACAACAACAGCAACAACAGCAGCAGCAGCAACAGCAACAGCAGCAGCAACAGCAGCAACACGGGAACAGUAAUAAUAACAACGGUGUGAAUAACGGUACGACCGCCAAUAACGGCAACGCGUUACCUGCCAAUUCCAGUCCAAGUGCGCUCGCCUCCUCUCAGUAUUCCCCCGCUCGACUACCUUACUCCGGUCUAGACUUCAAGUCCGAAAUGAGCCCGGCAGCUCAGACGCUCAAACAGAUGGCCGAGCAGCAUCAGCACAAGAGUCAGCAGCUAGGCCUUGGUGGUUUCAAUCCGACAGCAGCGGCGGCCGCAGCUGCGGCGGCUGCUAGAGGACCAGCAGCUAGAUCACCUUACGCCGAAUUUUCUCAAUUUACCGGAGCUUCGGACUAUUUGGGUAGUCCAGGAAGCACAGCACCCCCGGGCGGACAAAAUCAAACUCCAGGAUCUGGUACCGGGUCGUAUCACAAGAACAAUGGUGCAACCGGUUUCCAAAGUCAACAAACCAACGACAUGUUCGUCGGUUCCCAAACGCAAUUUGCCGCCGGCUUGCCGGACAUGAAGAGAUCGCAACCGAACGCGGGUGGUAAGCCUAGUAUGCUGGGACCAAGUGGUGGCUAUAAACAACAAUAUUCUCCUUAUGGAAGUCCGGGCUCUAUGCCGAAUCACGGUAGUCCAGGAUAUCCGCUACCUCCGAGAGGAUCGCAGAGCGGUGGUCCUAAUCAAACUGGAUCUCAAGGACCCUUUACCAGCUCAACACCACCAAGACCUCCCUCGGGACCUGGUACCUCUACAUUGCAGAUCAACCAAGCGCAACAACUGCACAUUAGUAAUCCGGGACAUCAGAUUCAGGUAUCCGCGGGUCAGCAUAUGCAACUCACAGGAGAUUUGAAACCUGGAGUGUCCGUGGCUGCUCAGCAGGGCAUGUACUUUAAUCAACAACAGGCACCCAAUCAAUCAGGACCCGGCCAAGCGGAUACUUACUGCUCUGUGUCUCAAUCUCAGACCAUUAACUUCACUCAGCAAAGUCUGAGACAGAGAGCAGCCGCCGCAGCAGCGGCGGCUAGUGGCGUUCCACAAGCUGGUGCUGCCACUGGUGCUCGUGGUCAUCCUCAGCAGGUCCCUCCAAAUCAAGUGGACCAACAUCAGCAUGCCAAAAUCCUUCAGCAACAGCAACUGAUGCGCGCUCAGCAGGUGAUGCAACAGCAACAACAUAUGGCAGGAGGAAUGGGAGGUGUGCGGCCACCUCCACCAGAAUACAAAGCCGCGGCCCAAGCGCAAAUGAUGCACGCUGGUAUCGGAAUGGGUCAACAAGCAAGAUUUCCAAAUCCUGGACCUAUGCGCAGAGUUACACAGCAACCGAUGCCACCUUCCGGUCCGAUGAUGAGGCCACAAAUGGCACAGCAACAGCAACAGCAGGCGUUGCACGCGGCCGGUGGUAACAUGUAUAUGGGCAGCGGUAAUAUGGCCGCAAUAAGCGGUAUGCAUCAAAUGCACCAGCGAUUGGGUUAUCCAAGGACCAACAAUCAACGGCCGCCGAACGUCAGUGUAGGACCUCCGGACGGUCUUGGCAAUAGUAUCGCUGGACGUGGUGCACAGCAGGAAUGGAGACAUGUUUUGAUGCAGCAGCAAGGCUUUCAAGCUCAAAUGCGAUCGCAAUUCAAUCAGCAGAGUCACCAAGGUGGUUUUGGAAUGGGCGGUGCUGGUGGUAUGCAGAUAAACGCUGCGCAGAUGCAGCAUCAGCAAUUGAUACGUUCGCAAAGCGGUGGUAUCGCUAAUUCGGGAAUAACCAACAGCACUCAAAUGCAGCAGUUACUUUCGCAGCAACACCAGCAACAAACAUUGGCUAUGCAGCAAAAUAAUAAUCAGAUGUCACUACAGAUGCAGAUGUCACAAUCGUCUACCGUUAACUCAGUUAGCAGUACAGGCACGGGCUCUCCGCUACAUCCUCAUCAGCAAUACGGUGCAGGGAGUCCAGGAGUACGUAGUCUUAGCCAACAACACACCCAACCACCGCCGACGACCACGGAUCCUUCCGUAGCAGCGGCAGACUUUAGUCUCGAAUUUUUGGAGAAUCUUCCCGCGGGAGACACAUCGAACUUCAGCGCUCAAGAAUUGCUUAACUCGCUCGACUCCACGGCGGGCUUCAACCUCGAUAUUCUGUAAGAGCGAAGCCGCCUGACAGUCUCUUUAGGAGUCUUUUAGGUUUGCUAUACCGCGAGUAAGAUCGACCGCCCCCAUCCUAUUUCGAACUUAUAAUACGCGUUACCUUCGAUGAGUUUCGGAUAGUGACGAAGUAAAGGGCAGAUUAAGACACAUUAAGUAUUUUACAACACAAAAUGCAAAGUUUCUCUCUAUACUACACGUGUACAAUUGCAUUCCACUUGUUAUUCUUUGUUCCUACCAUACCGUUCGAGUUUUGUUACUUUCUUUAGAAUCUCAUCGAUACGAUAACUUUCUCGAAGACUUUUUUUUUCAACUUUCUCAAUCACUAUCGAAAAACUAUUCAAUGAUUCGCUUCCUAUCAGACCUUCCAUUUUCACGAGUUUCAUCGAUCCGAAUUGAACGAUAUGCGUCUAACCGCCUUGAUAAAUUUAUCCAUGGGGGUGUUCGAUUUGGUCGCUAGAAAACCUAUCGUUCGUGCAUACGCAUAUACAUAACGAAUGUACGAAAGGGGGUAGUACCAAUAGUAAAAUUUUUUUUCUCACGAUAAUCACGACGUCUCUCGACGGGAGAGGAAGAAGGAAGUAUGAAGAACAAGAAUGAAAAAAAGAAAGAAAGAAAGAAAAAAGAAAAAGAAGGAGAGAGAGAGAGAGAGAAAGAGAGAGAGAGAGAGAGAGAGACACUAUAAUGAACAUCGUAGAGUAUCGUUGAUCUUAAGUAUUUAAAAAGUAAAAUACGUCGCAAAGUCGAUGAAUCGACGACGAUUAGAUAACUUGGGUCGAUCGCGUCCACGGCCGGCCGUAGUGCGUUCUCGGCAGCUCCUUUUGGCUGUCGACUAUUCUUCUAGGCAAUCGCGUUUAGUAAAAUUUAAUUUUUUAUCAUAUUCGUUGAUAUGAAUAAUAAGAAAUGAAAACGGAAGGAGAAAGACUAGUAACGUGGAACAUCAAGCGGCGGCCGAAUAAUCCGUCUAUCUGUCAUUCGUUUUCCGACUUCUCUCAUUUUAACGAGAUGUCCUUGCAGCCAAAGAGAGAGUAAGAGACGAGUUGUUAUACGAAAUAUUAGAAAACGCAGUGUUGAAAGUAAUGAAUGCGUUUGAGUGAUCUCUUCGCAAAAUGAACGUCUGAAAAUUCGCUUUACUCAUAACAUUACAAUUUUGACGUCGUUUUUGUCCGAGGACGAUGAAUAAAGUGUUGAGUGCUCAGGUCGACGACGCUAAUCCGACUUCGACGAGUACUCCACGAAGGAUAAAAUUGCUGCCCUUGAUCCUCCACGUGAACGUAUGCCGAAUGAGCGAUAGAAAAAGAAAGAAAAAAAGAAAGAAAGAAAGAAAGAAGGAAAAAGAGAGAGGAAGAAAUGAAGAAAAUCAUGUUAGACAAAGAAAUCGGGUUAAAUGAUCAAAGUUACUUAACCGAACCUAGUCCAUCGCGGUAUUCGUUAUUUACUCAACAAAUUCGUGCAAAAGACAAAACAAAAAAGAAAGAAAGAAAGAGAAAAAGAAAAGAGGAAAGAAAACACAAACAGAUCGCCUUCGCUUUUUAAAUAAACUGGAAUGAACGAACGUGAAUGAACAUAGAUGCACGCGAGCACACGUACAUGAUAAUCGAGCCGCCUUGAAUUUUAGGUUCCGAGUUAAGAAUAUAACAUAUAUAAAUAUAUAUAAAUAUAUAUAUAUAUUAUAUAUAUUAUAUAUAUAAUAUGAUGAUAUAAUGUUUAAAAUGUAGCAUAUUCGAUUAUGCCGCGAUUUAACGGUAUAUUUACAAUUAACAGAAAGUCAAUUAUUAAAAAGAAAGAACACACACAAGUCGACAUAAAUUUUUGUGUCGAUGAGUUUGCAGCCCGUUGACAUUGGAACCGCACGAGCCAAACCAAGCCAACGACGUCGCAAAGACAUCAUUAUUAUUAUUCUUCUUUUUAUUAUUCGUUUUAUUACUAUUAUUAUUAAUAUUAUUUUUAUUUUUAUUAUUAUUAUUACUAUUAUAAUUAUAAUAAUAAUUAUUAUUAUUAUUAUUAUUAUUUUUAUUUUUAUUAUUAUUAUCAUGAGACGGGAAAGGGUAGGACGAAAGAAAAAAAGGAUGGAAAAGAAGAAAACCCCUCCUAAACACAUAUUGCUACUGAUCCGUAGCAAUUUAAAUAUUCAUUGUAAAUAAUUCUACGACUUAGAAAGAAAAAUUCGAGAUGCUCAGUUUGCAAAAUUUAGCUAAGUAAAUUUAAGGAUUAUCUGAUAUAGAUACAUUUUACGAUGAUGAUAGUAACUAAUAAUGAUGAUAAGGAAUGAGAGAUAUUAAAAAGGGAAAAAGGAAAGUAUGAAUGUGAAAAAUGGAACGAAAGUUAAUGAAAGAAAGGGAGAGAGAGAAUAAAAGAGCGAAAGAGAGCAAGAGAGAGAGAGAGAGAGAGAGAGAGAGAGAGAGAGAGAGAGAGAGAGAGAAGUUUAAAAUGAAGGAAAACUAGAUAAACAAUGGAAAAUGGAAGGAAAAUAUCGGCGAUAGAGCACAUUUGCCGAUCAGAUGUAUUUAUUGAGUUUAGUAUCGAAUGCGUUCUAUCGUCUUAUCAAAGUUGCACACAAUUGAAUCACGGCAAAGGUAGAUUUCGUUUUCGGUAUGACGAAUAUUCAUUCGUACUAUCUAAAUAAUUUAUAUGAAAAGCUCAUCUUUCUGUUACGCAACUUUGUUGUUACUCAACGAUCAUCUAGUUGGUAUCGUUGAGUCGAUCAUUAUCGAUGUCUUUUAUUUCGUUCGAAAGAUUUUGCGAAGAAAAUACGCAAGUAUACGUGUACCAUAUCUGAUCUUUUCUUUUUUCUUUUUUUUUUUUUCAUAACUCAAAAAAAAAAUCAGCGAAAUUUGUUUACUCGAGAUUAUUAUGUUCUCUACUCUAUUCAUUUUUCUUUUUGUUUUGAAUCCAUAAUAAAUUUAAUUUCAAAAAGAAAUUUUGGUUGUAAUUCACUGUUACUGAAAAACGGAGCUACAACUAAUCUUCCAAAUAGUUAUACAUUCCAUAGAUGAAAUGAGAGAGAAAAAAGGAGAGAAUGAGAGAGAGAAAGAGAGAGAGAGAGAGAGAGAGAGAGAGAGAGAGAGAGAGAAAGAGAGAGAGAAUGGGAGGGAGAGAAAGUAAGAAAAUAAGAGUUAAUAUUCAUGAUUCGUAUAAUCAAAACUAUUGUUUAUAAAUAACGAUCACGGCAAAAGAAAAUGAAAGAAAAUGAUUAAGAUAAUAUUGAAUGAAACGAGCGACGGAGAGAGAAAAAGGUAUAUGCAUAAAACGAAUUCCAUGUUCAUUUAUAAAGAAAGAAAUAUUCUCGGCCGUUCGCCGAAAGUAUGCACGAAGGUUUUCCCAAUCGAAGUUUCGUAUUCAGGCAGAAGGAAGCUCCUCGUCGAGUUUUCUGCCAAACGAGAUAGAUACAUUUUUUCGAGUAUUUACAUCGAGCGAAGCAGCACUAGAGUCCUUUUUUCAUUUGUAAAACAUUGGGGCCACGAAACAUAAUCUAACAAAAUAAAAAAAAAAAAAAGAAAUGAGAGAGAAAGAGAGAGAGAAGGAAGAAGAAAACGACGAAACGAUACGUUGUGAAGAGACGUGUUCUCUGAUUGAAACUAAUAAUUACAUACAUAUUAUAUUAAUCUAUAGAAAUUGAGAACAAUAAUGAUAUGAGGAAAUAAAAUAAC